AUGGCCGAGAAGGAGGCCAACGCGGCCCGGACAGGGCACCCGUCCGAGAGGGCGGGCACUGAGCGCGAGGGCAGAGAUGACAGGAGCACACCCCGGGGGACGGGCAUGGAGGGCCGAGCGCACCCGGAGCAGCUGCUGGAGGCGGUGGCAGGGCGCGGGGGCGGGCAGCGCGCGAUCUACUUCAGAGGCGCCACGACGUCCAUCUCGGCGGUGGCGGGCUCGAUGGCCAAGACGGGGUCGCCCCCGGGGGGGCUGGCGCCCGCCCAAGAGCUGACUCCCACCAUGACGCACCACGUCUGGCUCCCGCUCGCGGCCGCAGUAAAGAGGGGGCAGACCUUGACCGAGAAACAUCAUUGCACCCGCUGGCGGCUCCACAUCCACGUCCUGGGGUCGAUUUACGCGAUGCGCGUCCGCCCCCGAAUCGGCAGACUGGGGCGGCUCCACAUCCACGUCCUGGGGUCGAUUUACGCGAUGCGCGUCCGCCCCGUGCAGGAUCCGUCGCUGUGGCCCACCCCAUCGGCCCGGAUCGGCGGCGGCCUCGGGGCGGUUCGCCCCCUGCCCGACGCGGCUCUGCAGGCGCGGGCUCCACUCGUGCCCGGCCACAGGUCCAAAUUGGCAUCUAGGCGGGAGGCGACCACUGCGAACCGCCACGCGGCCUUGGCCGCGCGGCUGUACCCAGACGCCAACCCCCGCGAGGCGCGCUGGGGUCGCGCCGCGGUGCGGCCGCAGUUCGACCUGAGACGGCCGGCCGAUGGUGGGCACAUGCAGCGCCUACGCAUAGGCCUUUGGUGGGCGUGCGGCAAGGCCAUGGAAGGCUGCGGCGGCACAGGGCCGCUGCGCCCGGACCGGAGGCAGCCUGCGCACCUGCGCAGUCUGGCAGAGGAGAACGCCGGCGCGCCGCUCAACGGCGGGGCCGCCUGGUCGCGCCUCGUGGAGGAGGCCUGCCAAGCGGUGCUCCUGACCAGACCGCGGGAGCCCUGGGCCGCGCUCCACGCCGCGGACCUGGGCGGCGCCGCGGAGCAGGAGGACGAGGUGGCUUCUGACUACGACUGGGACUUGGAAUCGGACCAGGCGUCGCUGCGUCGCUUGCUGACCGAGGCCGCGCGCGCCACCGAGAUCGCCACCGGGGCCCCAGCGCCCUCCUGGGAGCAGGUGGUCGCCCAGCUGAUACGCUCCUGUGCGCGGGAGCCGCUGGCCACGCGAGUGGCCUACGCCCGUGCCCGCCUCCAGUGGUUCCUGUGCGGCCAGACGCUCGCAGCGCUCGACUGCGCCUGUCACGGGGGCGGCCCCUACUGCGCCCACCGCGGUGCUCACGCCGCCGUGGCGCAGGUGGUCUCGCAGCACUCGGAGCGCGCAGGGCAGUGGUUCCACCAGAACGCCACGCUGAUGGUCGACGCCGCCCUGGAGCGGGUGGCCAGGAACGCACUGUCCGGGGUCCAGCACGCUCUCCCUCCCGGGACCGCGUCCGCCGAGGCGAUGGGCCGGGUCGCCGCCGAGUUCCUCGCCCGCGGGGGCAACGGGUUUGCGGCGGGGGGCGGCUUCGCCCUGGGCAGCUUGCCCGCGCCAGGAGCUCCUUUCGACUUGAGCCAGCUCAGUGCUCACGCGCCUGGGAUCGUCCGCCUGGUGGGCCGGUCAUUCGUGUCCGUGCGCAAGGAGGUGGCCGUGGCCGCGCGGCCCCUCGCCCGGGCGGCGCUCCAGCAGUUCGCGUCCGCCGACUUCGCGGCGGGCCUCGCGCCGUGA